CAGUUUCCUUAGUGUUAAAUUACUCAAAGAAUUUCCACUGAUAAAUCUUAAAAUUUGAAAUUUAUAAUCAUGAAAAUAAAACGUGUUAUCAUCUCUUAACAGCUAAGUAAUUGAUGUUGUAAGAUCUAAUACUAGUAAAAGAAAAUUUUAAAGAAGCUUUCAAAAUAUACUUUUUGAAAAGUACUAAACAGGCAAUAUUAUUGGAUAAGUUUUUCAGAAUCUUUAUAAGAAUUCUUCAAGAAUAGACAACUUCUGUAACUCUAAAUGUUACAAAAUCAGUUGAAAGUACAGUAAAUUAAUACUAUAACACAUUAAAUUACAUCAAUGGUACUAUAAAAAAUUGACAACGUCACUGUUUUUUUUUUCUUUUUUGCUUUUCAGUAUAAAUAUAUGCUUCUGCUCUCGAGUCUCAACUAGCAUUUGCUUUUUAGACCCCUGUUUUAGCUCCAAACACAAAAUACACAGCUGGAUUUAUACUGCAAAAUUCAACCGAAAUAAUCAAAUUUUGACAUUUUUUUCUUCAAAAUCUUUGCUAUUCCAGAAUGGUAAAAGGGGCAAUGCAACUAUGGCUACGUGCAAUAAUAACUUUGGUUAUAUUGAUUAUUACUGAAGGACACCCAGUUGAUAUUACUUAUCUACAGAGUGCAGUAGCAAAAGGAGCUGUAUGUUUGGAUGGGAGUCCGCCAGCAUACCAUUUUGAUAAAGGAUUUGGAGCAGGAGUUAACAAUUGGUUUCAGUACUCCCAGGUGAGUUGAAGACAGUAUAGAAGAUGUUCCAGUGCAGAUGGCAAGCUCCAUUUGUUCCCGGAGUGCUGCCGAGUCAGAGUUGGUAUGUUAUGCUUUCUGGAUUACGUUAGAGACUUUGCAGACAGCGUCGUGGGUAUUGGUUGUCAGUCUGUAAGCGGCUCGGUCAGCCAAAAUGUCGGUCUGUGUUAUGUGCUGAAUUUUGUAUGAUUAUUGAUUCGUUAUGCUUGGAAGCUGCGUGAAAGAAUAUUUCUGGAAAAAAAAAAUUACGAUGUAUUUCAUCUCAUUUGAUUUGAAAAGUUUGACAUGAUUUUAUGUGCAGCAAGAGUCUGAGGGUUCGCUCGACCCUAGGUAAGGGUCGGGUGCCCAUCACACCCUAGCGGAAUUAGGGUGUGACAAAGUGGUAUCAGAGCAGGUCUGUCCUAGGGGUUGUCUGCAAAGCCGUGUCUAGUAGAGUCUUGUUUAUCGGUGUGUUGUGCACCACAUCGAUAAACAGGAUGCUACAGGGCAUUUAGGGUGUUACCUUUCUUUGGAUCUUAGAUCGUGCGAUAGAGCCAGCCAUAAGAAAUGAAAUUCCUCUUACUAACCUUUGAUUUCAGCUGAAGAAUGAUAUCGACAAAAGAAAGUGACCGAUGAUAUUGGAAGCUACACAAUACGCAAGUAAGUUAUGGUACGAAAGAGGCGUGUCGGGUAAGGUAAGAAUAUUGGAAUUUGAUUGAAAUGUGAGAUUUGAGGAUGAAAGAGAAGGUGGAUAGAAAAGUACAACAGAACAGAUAGUUAAAGGAUCAGGUACGUCUCGAGGUGCCAUAUGUGAGGUAAGUCCCGACACUUUUAUACUUUUAUUUGAAAUUGUUAGCCCUGUGUGGCUAUGAUACGAUGUGAUAUGAUGUGUAUAUACGUAUGUGUGUUGGCCCUGUGAGGCAUGGUCGGUAUUUCCUGCGUGCAGGUUUUGGGAUAGUAAGAAAUACAGAGGAACCUCUGCCUAAAUUUUUCCAGAAAUAUGAAUAGGAAAAUGAGAUAUAAGUUCUUAGCAUGUUUUGAAAGUCGAUACCGAUAGGGAAAAUCUAUUAUGUUGGGUUAAAAUUCUAAGAGAUACCCUCCAUGUCAUUCGUAAGAAGCAUCAUCCUUACUUGGGAAAUUUUAUUUUGGGAAAGCAUAUAUGAUCAGCAAAUUUCUGGAGAUCAUUUCAGGAGGGAUUGGGGACCCAGGUGAACCUGAGUAAAGGGGCGAUAGAAGAGUUGAGUCAAAAAUAGAGAAACGACACGAGAUAAUAUGCUUGAAGUGUUAUAAGUAGGAUUAAGGGAAAUUGCGAAAUGGUUUAAGUGAGAUGGUCAGAAUGAGCUAGUUACUAGAAGACAGUGAAUUUAAAGAGAACGAGCAAGAAGAACUCGACUUAAGCUUCAAGUAUAGAUGGAUAUGGUAAGUUGCAGUCGAUUACGGAGGUAGCUAAAUCGUGUCUACUAUAUUUGGAAGAUCAAUAUUAACAGAUGUCAGGUGGAGAAUGGCAUUAGUCUAAGUAAAGAAAGGCACAACAUGAUAGAUGAGUUCAAGUUACAAGUGAAUCGUUAUAAGAUCACCAGAAGCAGUAUAAUUAUGUAGGACUAAUUUGACAUUCGGGGACGAAUGUUCCUAAGGGGGGGAGGAUGUUACACCCCGUAAGAGUAUGUGCUAUUUUAAUUAAGACAAGAAAGAAUGAGUUAAGAAAGUUCAAGGAAAGUUAAUCGAGUUAGUAAGAAUAUCGUUAUAUAUAUGGUUGCCUUAAGUAUCCCGAGGUGACAUCGUAACCUAAAGGAUUUGAAAUCGCAUUAUGAGCGUAUAUGAGGUAAUGUGAGUGCCCUUUUAAAGUAUUUGAGAUUAUUAGUAAUGAUAUAGAAGAUGGAUAAAAGAUAUGAAUAUAUUUUUGCGAUUGGAGUUUCGUCGAAGCUUCGUAAGUUCUCCAGUUACGUUUAAGGUUAUGGUGAUUCUCCGGACCCUUCGUGACGUGUAUGGAUUGUUAUGUAUGUAUAUGGGUAUGUAUAUGUAUGUAUAAGAGGUUACAUGAGAGUUGGAAGAGGAUUAGAAGAUAAACGAAUCUAAACAAAAUGAAUCGGAACAACUUCAGUAAAAUCUCGGACCAGAUUUUUAUCCCAUAUUGUUGGGGGCAUAUCUCCUAGUAUAUGAGGAGUUUUAAGGUUUUUCAAAAGCCUAAAACGAAGUUCAUCGAGUCUAGUUUCCAACGCAAUAAACCGCUCGUCAAAAUGAUAUUUGGAUAAGGAAAUAUGGACGAUGCAAGUUGGGCUGGCAGGGCAGCAAGUUUGGACCCGACCCAAACACUAAUGUUUCGGCCCAUGAGGCCCACUAACGUUAAUAUAUAUGGCAAAUUCACUUGAGGGCUGAUCAUUUUCAGCUAAUAUCCUCCAAAAACAUUAGAGAGAGAGAGAGAGAGAGAUCCUAGGCUAAGGAAGCCAUUUUGAUCAAAAAUCCGAGCUCCGAAUCCCGAAGCUCAUGAAGAGAAAAACGUUGUACGUUGCGUUGCCUUCAAUUUGAGAUAAAUAUUGGUCUUGGGGGAUGAAAUUUUCGUGGUGGAGCUUCUGAUAAGGUAUUUAUAAAAUUCCUUUUAUGUUAUUAAAGUGUUUAUUUAGAGUUUUAACGAAUUAAAACGGAGAAAACAACAUUAUAAACUCGUUUGUUGUUUUGUUGAAAUUUAUGGGUGAGGGGCUGUUUUAAUUGAAAUUGAUGGACUGAUUUGAAUUAAUAUUUUGGUUGUUGUAAUCAUGGAUAUGUGAGGAGAGUGAAGGAAUUUAAUGGUUAGAGUUGGAGUUAAAUUGUUGUGGGUUGUUGUAAGGAUUAUAGAGAUAAUAAUGUGGUUUUAUUGCACAUGAGUAGAUGAUGUGGUGUCGAGUGGCUGCUGUUGUAUUUCCCUGAAAUUUUCUGAAAAUAUUGCAUGAAAUAAGGUAUAAGAAGUGCAUAUGGGUUGCUUGGUGUAUUGCAAGUGUUCGUUAGAAUUUCGGGCAUCGUUAUGUUACAGUUGGGGGCUGUUUUGAUAUGUUGUUGUUCUUGUUGAAAUAAAAGAAUUGAAGAUAUGGUUGUGUCCAUAUGUUAUUGUUGGUAUUUCUGUGUCAACAGGAGAGCAAUUGGAAAUUCGGAUAGACGAGUUUAUAGGGGAAAUGCUGCCCAAAUAUUUGUAGACAAGUGAUGAGUUAAAGAUUGAAUACCAAAAGCCUUAUAGUUAACAAUUGGUAAAAAUGACCAUUUGUAGGUUUUGGGCGAAACGGAGAUUGAGUUUGGACAAGCGUGAGUAGCGCGAAAGGUAUGUAAAGCUUAUCCUUUCCUUCUUUGGCAUGCCCUAGGUCUACUAGGUUGAGAUUUCGGCCUCGGGGACCAUCCUGCUCAUCGUAACCCGAGAUUAGUUUUCGUUACUAUUCAUUCAAUAGAAUUGAAUUAUAAAAGGUGCAUUUUACUAGAAAAGUGGUUGGACUUCCAAAACGUUUACAAAUGUAACCCGAUAGUUCUAAAACUUUCUUGGAUGACUCCGUAGAGUCUAAUGGGCGUGAUUCUCGUCCGCCGCCUCGACUUGGCCCGAGGUGGGCCCGCUAUCCCCGAUGCCUCUCUUAUUGUUCUGUUUGUCUUAUUCCCGUACGGUAAGUCAAGGGAACUCAUGGUUAUUGUUCCGACUACUAAACGGGAGAUAUUUUAUCUAUCCCGAGACGGAUUUUAAUGAUUAUUGACCCAAUUGUGGGGACCGAAACCCUGACAUGUGAUGUACGACUUUAGCCAAUGUACUCUUGUCCGGAGUUCGCAGGUAACUCCUGGUUAUUAUGCUGUUCACUAUAUGAUAGGUGUUAUGACCACCUUCAUGAGCAUUAUAAAAUGUUUUUGACAUCUAAAGCGUUUUUAAAAAUCUUACCCUGAGAUUCUGGACAAACUACUUAUUUUCUUUAUUUUCCGAUAUACGAUUUUGGUAUACCUGAGUCCUGUGUGAUGCAUGAUCCUGGCAUGUGUGAUUAUGUUUGGAAAGUGAUAAUUUGGCAUUUUGUCUGGUUAUCUUCUGUGUUACCGAGUCCUGGGCCGGUUAUGUGAAUAUGCGCAUAUGUGAUAUUGGCCGCUGGACCCUCGACCGCGGCGUGCCCGACAUUGACUGCUGGACCCUUGACCGCGUCAUGCCGGACGUGUGGCAUUGACUGCUGGACCCUUGACCGCGUCUGCCGCACUUGUGAUUGUGCCGACAUAGACCGCUGGACCCUUGACCGCGGUAUGUCGAACUUGUGAUAGAAAACCGCUGGAUACUUGACUGCGGUAUGUGUGAUUGUGACCGCUGGACUUAUGGCCGCGAAAAUUGUGCGUUGAUUCUUCUAUGUGUGUGAAACAAAGAUGUUUUCCAAAAGAAAGCAAACAUUUUGUCAUCCCGAUUGCCGUGUUGAUUUCUCCUGAACUUCUUUUGCCUGUUGUACGCCGGAUACGACUCCUUAGUAUGCUGGCUAUUGUGCUCGCUUUCUAUAUAUCGUAUUUCAGUUGUGACUUUGCUUUCUGUGUUGUAUGCUUUACAUACUCAGUACAUAUUUCGUACUGACCCCCUCUUUUCGGGGGGCUGCGUUUCAUGCCGCGCAGGUACUCCCAGGUGAGUUGAAGACAGUAUAGAAGAUGUUUCAGUGCAGAUGGCAAGCUCCAUUUGUUCCCGGAGUGCUGCCGAGUCAGAGUUGGUAUGUUAUGCUUUCUGGAUUACGUUAGAGACUUUGCAGACAGCGUCGUGGGUAUUGGUUGUCAGUCUGUAAGCGGCUCCGUCAGCCAAAAUGUCGAAGAAGCAUGGAACAUACAAAAUUGCAAGGGCUAUGCCUAGUCAUUUAUUCUUUAAUUAUGCUAAAUGGCAAAACUGUACUUGGAGGGAGCCAAAAACCAAACGAAGCUUACAUGGUUGAUUUAACUAUUCUUGAAAGUGCAGUGUCAAAAGGAGCUGUUUGCUUGGAUGGGAGUCCACCAGCGUACUAUUAUGAUAAGGGACAUGGAGAAGGAGCUAAUAAUUGGAUUAUCUACUUUAGGGGAGGAGAAUGGUGCUAUAGCGUGACAGAUUGCCUUGAUCGUACAAAGACAGAAAGAGGUUCUUCAAAACUUGCUCCAAAGCAAAGAUCACUUUAUGGAAUGCUUAGCAACAAUAAAACAGUGAAUCCAGAUUUCUACAAUUGGAAUAGAGUCAUGGUUAUUUAUUGUGAUGGAUCAUCAUUCACCGGAGACGUUGAAGAAGUUGACCCGGCUACUAACCUUCAUUUUAGAGGCGCGAGGAUUUUCCUUGCCUUGAUCGAUCAUUUCUUGGCGAAAGGAAUGAAGGAUGCUAAAAAUGUCAUUCUCACAGGUGGUUCAGCUGGAGGAUUGCCUGCUUUAAUCCAUUGUGAUCGUUUUCGAUCUCUUGUUCCUAACUCUGCUAGAGUCAAAUGUCUUGCUGAUGGUAGCUAUUUUCUUCAUGACAGGAAAAACAAGGACAUGACAUUCAUGGAGACCGUUAAUGAAGGACUGAUUAACUUACAUCAAUCAGCCAAGAUGUUGCCAUCAUCCUGCACUUCAAAGAUGAAACCAUCCUUGUGCCUUUUUCCACAAUAUUUUCAAGAAGGAAUCAAGACACCAUUUUUCAUAGUCAACUCAAUGUUUGACACAUUUCAGAUAAACAAGACUUUUCCGGGUUAUUACGACGACCUUUUUAAGAAUACAUGCUCAGCUUCUCUUGUUAAAAAUUUACAAGAUUUCAAACAGGAAUUUUUAAGUGCUUUGCCCAAACAAAGUCAUUCUUCAUCAAGAGGAAUGUUUAUUGACUCUUGCUUGAUUCAUGCCCAUAUAACAAGUGGCGUUGGUUGGAAUGGGUUCUCAGUAAAUAAUAAGACAAUUGCACAGGCAUUUAGCGACUGGUACUUCGACCGGAGUCCUGUCCAAUUGAUAGACAAGCCAGAUUUGCCACAGAAUUGUUACAAAUUCCCCGCAAUUACAAACUUUUGCACCUAAAAUAUCCAGAAAGCUACUUAACAAAAAGCAGAAAAAGAGUACAUUCGCUAUUGACUACUACAACAACAACAACAUACCCAGUGUAUUCACAGAAGUGAUCUGGAGAGGAUAGGAUAUAUACGCAGACCUUACUCCUACCAAUGAGUGGAAGACUAUAUUUUUAAUAGUUGGGACCUAUUUAAGGGUAUUACUCCAGAACGGAUUAUUGAUAAAUGCAGAAAGGGUGAAAGAUACUUACCAUGUGAAAUUGACGAAAUGAUUUCAUAGUCCAUUAAAAAUGUUAUUUAUAUAUAAAAUGUAUGAUACUUUUUACUAUAGAUGGGUGAAAAUAAUGUAGAAGAUUUAUAAGAAAAGAAUGAAAGAUCUUUGCAAUUAUUUUUCUUCUAUUCAAAUUAUA